AUAGAUAUAAGGUUACUGUCACCGACUCACAUCCACCGAUCCAAAUACAUCCCUGUUCUUUCUAGAUAUCUCCCUCUUCUCUGUCACCUUCCUCACUGCUCAUAAAAGAAAUAGACCACCGAUCGACCAAACUAGAGAGAGGUAGCAAAAAACCGAACAGAAACAAAAGGACUCGAAGGCGACGGUGAGAGAUUGAAGUAAAUCCAACCAAUCUUAGGUGAGCAAGAAGGAAUGAUGGGGUCAAGGGUAGACGCAAGCAUUGAGGUAGUCGACGAUGACAGAGUGCAAAGGAGCUGUGGGGAAGUGGGUGUUAAUGGUGACUGUACGUACACUGACGAGCAUAGUUGUAAUAGUGGGAAAGGCUUAUCUAAUCGCCUCUGUGCAAUCCUCACCAUUUCAGUGAGCCCUGCCUUCGUUGAAAAUCUCAUGUGGUUCAAUGGCAAGAUAAACCAGGAAAGCCAGACUUUAAGGCAAAGAAAUGAAGAUGAAGGUUGAUGUUUAUUUGUUACAGUGUGAUCACAUUUAAUCUCUUUGAUCACAUUUAAUCUCUUUGAUUUGUUUUAAAGGUUGAUAUUAGUUUUUUUUUUAUUUUAAAAACAUGUGAUCACAUCUAA